AUGAGAAUGCAGCGCCCAGGAUACAACCCAGGAUACGGCCCAGGAGGCAUGAACAACGGUAUGCCGAUGCAACCGGGUGCACCGGGCGGCCCCGCCAGGUUCAACAACCCGGGAGGUCCGACCUACGCCCCUGGCUACGGCCAGCCAAUGGGAGGGCCCCAGCACCCUCAGCAGAACUUCAACCCGAACGCUGGCUGCUUCAUGCCAGCAGCUACCAUCCGCAAGAUCAGUAACACGACGCCACCACGUUUCGACCCAUCCUUCCAAUAAUCGACCCGACUGAAUCUCUGCCUGUAUAUUCCAUAAUGCUAGUAUAAGUUAUUGUUAAAUUAAAUAGAUAAGUUUAAAAUAAAAUAGUUGUGCAACUA